UUUACAUGUUACCAUAAAUAAAAAGUUAAUGAAGACUCGCUGCUUUAGUAGCGGAACUUCAUGCACCAAAGAAGCAGGGGAAUAUUUCUUUGUUGCACGAGGUGGUGCUCUGGGAAAAUGUAGACUGAACACAACAGGUUGUAUUCAGAACAUUACUGAGGACCCCCGCAGACCAGCUGAGGUUGUGUUUUACUUUGUGAUGGAUAAUGAUGCCUUCUUUUAUCGGGAGCUGCCAAAGGUGGAGCUUCACGCGCACCUCAACGGCUCAGUCAGCUUUCAAACCAUCGAGAAGCUCAUCAGUAGGAAACCGCAUCUCAACAUCGAGCACAGCAUGACAGCCAUAGGCAAGGGCCAGCGGAGGACUCUGGAUGAAUGUUUUGAAGUGUUUAAGGUAAUCCAUAAAUUGGUGGACACGGAGGAAGAUAUCCUGAUGGUGGCUACAGAUGUUAUCAAGGAGUUUGCAGCUGAUGGUGUUAGAUACUUAGAGCUCAGAAGUACGCCGAGAGAAGAGAACGAUACAGGGUUAACAAAAAAGAGCUAUAUUGAGACUGUCAUCAAAGCCAUUCAGCAGUGUAAAAAUGAAGGAGUGGACAUUGAUGUCAGGUUUCUGGUGGCCAUCGACCGCAGGAAUGGGACUGAGGUUGCCAUGGAGACAGUGAAACUGGCAGAGGAGUUUAUGCUGUCCUCUGAUGGUUUAGUGGUGGGAAUUGACCUCAGUGGAGAUCCAACGGUGGGCCAUGGGAAAUACUUUCUUCCUGCCUUAGAGAGGGCCAGAAACUGUGGACUGAAGUUGUCACUGCAUCUUUCCGAAGUUCCAUCACAGCAGGAGGAGUCAGACCUGCUGUUGAAUCUUCCUCCGGACAGGAUCGGUCAUGGAACCUUCCUACACCCUGAAGUGGGAGGCUCUCAAAGCCUUGUGGAUAAAGUGGUGAAAAACAUUAUACCACUGGAGCUUUGCUUAACAUCAAAUGUUAAAGGGCAAACUGUGCCGCAUUACUCCAAACAUCACUUCAAAUACUGGUACCAGUUGGGACAUCCAUGUGUCCUUUGUACUGACGAUAAAGGAGUUUUUUGUACAGACUUGUCUCAGGAAUAUCAGCUGGCUGCAUCCACUUUUGGUCUCACCCAUAAGGACAUGUGGAAGCUUUCUCAGCAGGCCAUAGACUGUAUCUUUGCAGGAGAAGCUGUGAAACAGCGGCUCAGACAGCGGUGGAAUGAUUUACAUCUUCAGGUGUUUAACUGAUCUGUGCAGCAAGGCUUAAAGCCGAUCAUAUACCUCGGGUUUUGGUUUAAAAAACCACUUAACUUUUACAAAUCAUUUAUGGAAAUGAUCAAUCUACAAAGAAACUGUAAAAAUACAGUGAACUGUCUGACAGAAGUAAAAGAUACUUAUUUAA